AUGGAUAUCUAUGGAGGAGUGGCUACUACCACUGCACCUGAUUUUUUCCACAUUGAUGACCUUUUAGACUUCUCCAAUGAUGACCUCCUCUCCUCCUCCUCCUCCUCUUCCACUGACCACCAUCACUACGUUCCUCCACCUGAAACCUCCUCUAUUCAUCACCACCACUUUCCCUCCUCCACCACCUAUAUUAAUAACCCGUCUUCUCUCUCCACUGACUUCACUGACCAUCUCUCAGUCCCAAAUGAUGACGUGGCAGAGUUAGAGUGGCUAUCGCAAUUCGUAGAGGACUCGUUCACUGACUUUCCGAGCACCAUUAAUAUCCCAACCGACCCGUCGUUUCGCAACAAAUCUCGCAGCAAACGCUCGCGAGCCGCCGCCACCACCGCGACAUCCUCCUCGCCGGAAUUCAAAACUGCGGUGACCGGGAAAUCAAGAUUGAAGCAGGAAAAUAACCGAGCACCGCAUUCCCCGGUGGAGAUGGAGGGAGGAGUGCGGAGGUGCACACACUGCGCUUCGGAGAAGACACCGCAGUGGAGGACGGGUCCGUUGGGCCCGAAAACGCUAUGCAAUGCUUGCGGAGUCAGGUAUAAGUCAGGUCGGCUGGUACCCGAGUAUCGACCCGCAGCGAGUCCAACUUUCGUGCUGACUCAGCAUUCAAACUCUCACCGUAAAGUUAUGGAGCUCCGGAGGCAAAAAGAGAUGAUGUCGAGGCAGCAACAACAACAGCACGGUUAUCAAGGCUAUGAAAAUGCAAAAUCAGAACCCAAACAUCAAGAAGAGAUGCCAUCCCUUGCAUGGAAGAUAGGUGAUUAUGAAUUGUGA